UUGUCUGAGUGAACUCUGCGAAAACAAACCUAGCAACACUUGUACAAACACCAGUCCGUAUAGAUCGAGAUAUAUUUAAUCUGUACAGACAGUGUGUAUCAGAUAACAUUACAGUUCAAACUGACAUUACCAGAUACGGAUUACUUCUCUGUCAGUAUGAGAACCACAGACACAAUGUCCACAGACGUGAGAGAGGUGCUUCUGGAGGUUUACGUCAAUGACGCCUUCUACUUCGGUGACAGCUACUGGGCAUCAGAUGAUAAAGAUGUGCAGCUGGAGUUUGAGAUCACCGAUGACAUCUACGACCUUAUCAGCAGCAGUGCAUCUCGAGAGUUAGAUGUGCAGCUGGAGGUUGUGACAGUGGAUCAUGUCUCAGGCAGAUACUGCAGUCCAGGAGAGAUGUGUGUGCAGCUGGAGGUUAACUCUAGUGACAACAUCUCAGUCUGUGAAGUGAAAGAUUUGCAGCUGGAGAUGAACAGGAACGACAUCAUCUCAGAGCUGAAGAGUCCUACACUGGUCUCUGAAGAUCUGAGCGACCCAGCAGGACCUUCAGUGGAAGAGGCCAAUGAUCAGGGUGGCCUGGAUGCUGAGAACAGUCCAACAGGACUCACUGUCUGGGAGAUAACCAGGAAAAUGGGGGCAAUCUUCCAGCAGAUUUGUGCAGUUUUCCAGACAAAAAUGCCAGAAACUGUUGGGCAACCUGAAUUGGAUCUUCCCGAUCCAAAGGAAUCGUUUGUUCCAGAUCCAAGUGCUCCCAAGCCAGAACCUGAAAUGGAUCUGUUAGAUACCGAGCAAUCGUGUAUCCAUGAACCUGAAUUGGAUCUCGUGGUUCCUUCUGAACCUAAACUGGAUCUGGUUGAUCCAGAGGAAGCAUGUGCCAGCCCAAAAGAAACUACCAAAGCCACGAAGAAUAAGAAAGUUCUUGGCUUCGUUGUAACAAAGAGAGUAGAAUAUGCUACAGUGAGGAAUACGAAAAAAACCUUCCUCCAGAACGACAGAUCGAACUCAGCAUGGCCUGAGAUGGAUCUGAAUGUUCGUGAACCAAAACCUAUUGAGGAUUUGGUUGCUCCUCCUAAAUGGGAUCUGGUUGAUGCAGUGGAACUGUACACCCCGAGUCCUGGCGUUCCUGAGCCGGACUCUGAGGAGGAUCUGGAUGAUCCUCUUGAACGUGAAUGGGAUAAGGACUCGAUGGAAUUAUAUGCCCCGGGUUCAAGUGUCCCUGAGCCAGACGCUGAAGAGGAUCUGGUUGAUUCAGUGGAAUUGUACCUCCCGGGUCCAAGCGUUCUCAAGCCACGACCUGAAUGGGAUCUGGCUACUCCAGUGGAUUUGGGUGCACCAAGUCCAAGCGUUCUUGAGCCAGAGUCUACAGUGUUAUCUGAACUUGCAAGUUUGGAAAACUACGUCCCUUUAAACAUGCUCCAACUAGAGGAUCGUUUGAAGCAGUGUACACUGCUCAAACAAAGCCAUGUCACCAAUGUCUGGCCCAGGAUCUUCAUCGGAGAUGAAGAGGCUGCAACAGACCGAGAUAUGCUGCAGGAGAUGUGCAUCACUCACAUUCUGAACGCUGCAGCGCCCAAAAAGGACUUGAACUACUUCUUGGGAAAAUCUUAUGUUGAAGAUCUAGAAGGAACAGUCAAUACAGGGUCCAGAUAUUACAGAGGCUUGCACAUCAAUUAUUACAGCUUGCCUACAACGGACAGACACUGUUCUGACAUCAGCAAGUGCUUCAUGCCAGCUGCAAAAUUCAUUGACAAGGCCAUGAAUAAGCCAGGAAGUAAGGUGUUGAUUUGCUGCAAGCAGGGUGUCGACCACUCUGCGACUCUGUUUCUGGCAUAUCUGAUGAUCUGCCAUGACAUGAUGGUGGAGGAUGCCAUUGAUGACGUCAUAAAGUCGAGACGCAUCCAGCCCUCCAGAGACUUCCUGAAGGAGCUGAUGCUCCUCAAUGCUGACCUUGUGAACAAGCGAAAACUAAAGCUAGAGGACAUAAAAAAAGGCAAAAAGAGGAGAAAAUGGCAGCUAAAAAAGAAGUGUAGAGAUAUACUAAAAGAUAUAAAAGAAAAUAAUGAUCUCAAAUUUGUUUUCUUCUUUUUUUCAGGACUCACUGUCUGGGAGAUAACCAGGAAAAUGGGGGCAAUCUUCCAGCAGAUUUGUGCAGUUUUCCAGGCAAAAAUGCCGGAAACUGUUGGGCAACGUGAAGUGGAUCUUCCCGAUCCUAAGGAAUCGUUUGUUCCAGAUCCAAGUGCUCUCAAACCAGAACCUGAAAUGGAUCUGUUAGAUACCGAGCAAUCGUGUAUCCCUGAACCUGAAGUGGAUCUCGUGGUUCCUUCUGAACCUAAACUGGAUCUGGUUGAUCCAGAGGAAGCAUGUGCCAGCCCAAAAGAAACUACCAAAGCCAAGAAGAAUAAGAAAGUUCUUGGCUUCGUUGUAACUAAGAGAGUAGAAUAUGCUACAGUGAGGAAUACGAAAAAAACCUUCCUCCAGAACGACAGAUCGAACUCAGCAUGGCCUGAGAUGGAUCUGAAUGUUCGUGAACCAAAACCUAUUGAGGAUUUGGUUGCUCCUCCUAAAUGGGAUCUGGUUGAUGCAGUGGAACUGUACACCCCGAGUCCUGGCGUUCCUGAGCCGGACUCUGAGGAGGAUCUGGAUGAUCCUCUUGAACGUGAAUGGGAUAAGGACUCGAUGGAAUUAUAUGCCCCGGGUUCAAGUGUCCCUGAGCCAGACGCUGAAGAGGAUCUGGUUGAUUCAGUGGAAUUGUACCUCCCGGGUCCAAGCGUUCUCAAGCCACGACCUGAAUGGGAUCUGGCUACUCCAGUGGAUUUGAGUGCACCAAGUCCAAGCGUUCUUGAGCCAGAGUCUACAGUGUUAUCUGAACUUGCAAGUUUGGAAAACUACGUCCCUUUAAACAUGCUCCAACUAGAGGAUCGUUUGAAGCAGUGUACACUGCUCAGACAAAGACAUGUCACCAAUGUCUGGCCCAGGGUCUUCAUCGGAGAUGAAGAGGCUGCAACAGACCGAGAUAUGCUGCAGGAGAUGUGCAUCACUCACAUUCUGAACGCUGCAGCGCCCAAAAAGGACUUGAACUACUUCUUGGGAAAAUCUUAUGUUGAAGAUCUAGAAGGAACAGUCAAUACAGGGUCCAGAUAUUACAGAGGCUUGCACAUCAAUUAUUACAGCUUGCCUACAACGGACAGACACUGUUCUGACAUCAGCAAGUGCUUCAUGCCAGCUGCAAAAUUCAUUGACAAGGCCGUGAAUAAGCCAGGAAGUAAGGUGUUGAUUUGCUGCAAGCAGGGUGUCGACCACUCUGCGACUCUGUUUCUGGCAUAUCUGAUGAUCUGCCAUGACAUGAUGGUGGAGGAUGCCAUUGAUGACGUCAUAAAGUCGAGACGCAUCCAGCCCUCCAGAGACUUCCUGAAGGAGCUGAUGCUCCUCAAUGCUGACCUUGUGAACAAGCGAAAACUAAAGCUAGAGGACAUAAAAAAAGGCAAAAAAAGGAGAAAAUGGCAGCUAAAAAAGAAGUGUAGAGAUUUACUAAAAGAUAUAAAAGAAAAUGUGCACAUAUAGAAAUGUCAAUAAAAUGAAUGGAUAAUGUCCUGAUAAUGAGCUGCUUUGUUUUGUAAUGUAUUUGUUUUUUACAGUGCAAAUAAAUAUCUGUACUGAUCGAUAUAAUAGAUAGGAUAGAUAUAAUCCUAUCAGCAGUGUAUUUUAUUUAUGUACUUUAAUGAAUUGCUUACA